CGUUCACUGAUUUAAUUUCACGCUUAAGUUUCAUGUUUUACCUCUGACCUUUUUUACGAUCAUAACAGUUUACGAAUAUAUUUUCUUACGAUCCUAACAAUACUUACGCUUAACCUUUUGGGAGAUAUCUAACUCCAUGGCGUUCUCGCUAAGACUGUUAGGGCUUUGGGCUGUCCCACUGUCAACGCUCUUUUUACCCACAAAAACUACAACUCCCAACGUAAGAUAACAUUUUACCCAUCAUUCAACGGAUUGAUGAAUGGAGAAUGAGGCAACAUGGCGACAAAUAAACCUGCUGUAAACUUACCUUCUUUUGAUUGUCCAACAUGGGCAGGCAAGCCCCCUCCAGGACUACAUUUGGACGUGAUGAAAGGUGACAAAAUGGUCGAGAAACUGAUUAUUGACGAGAAGAAGUGCUACUUAUUCGGGAGGAACCCAGACAUGUGCGACUUCACCAUCGACCACCAAUCAUGUUCGCGUGUGCAUGCUGCCCUGGUUUACCACAAGCACCUGAAGAGGGUGUUUCUUAUCGACAACAAUAGCACGCAUGGUACCUUCCUGGGACACAUCCGCCUGGAGCCCCACAAGCCUCAGCAGGUCCCCAUAGACUCCACCAUGUCAUUUGGGGCGUCCACACGAGCCUACGUCAUCCGGGAGAAACCUCAGAGCCAGCAAGGGACCAAUGCCGGGGAUGGCAAGGCCGGGGAGGAUGAGGAGGGCUCUAAGGGUCUCCUAGGAUUACCAGAGGAGGAGACUGAGCUCGAGAACCUGACUGAGUUCAACACGGCCCAUAACAAGCGCAUAUCCACCCUGACAAUCGAGGAGGGCAACCUGGAGAUUCAGAGACACAAGAGGAAGCGGCGGAACUCCAGAGUUACCUUCAACGAGGAUGACGAAGUCAUCAACCCAGAGGACAUCGACCCCUCAGUUGGGCGCUUCAGAAACAUGGUGCAGACGGCAGUCGUUCCUAUAAAGAAACACAAAAUGGAGAGACACAGCUCUCUGAAUAUGGACGACGUGGUGACGAGGCGUAUCCACAACUACACCUUCAGUGGCGGAUUGUACGGGGACCUGCCACCGACCAGCCACGAUGGCCAACCCGCUGGGGCCCAGAGUGGAGCCACCAUCUUGGGGGGACUCCCACUACCCUUUCCCAACCCAGCCCCAGAGGUGGACCUGGCCCCGGAUGCCCCUCAGCCCCCUGUCACCCUCAACCCUGUCCCCGUCACAGGCCCCUAUUCUUCGGAGGGCCUCAACGAGCCCCGCAAGAAGAAAUAUGCCAAAGAGGCAUGGCCGGGCAAGAAGCCUACCCCGUCCCUACUCAUAUGACCCUCACCCUGUGGCUCUUUUAGUUCACCUGUCCUCGAUUCCUUGUGUCCCUUCUCAGAAAGCACUGGCAGAGAAAAUCCAAGGCCAUCUCUUGGGCCUUAUAUCCUACAUUAAUUUGGGACAGGUGAGGAGAGAAGACAUGGGGAAUCCAGGAGAGACGUAACAGAGCCUGUGUAGUACAGGUGGAGCUGACUCAGGGUAUGGGUGGGGAUAUCAGGACCAUGAUAGAGGUGGAUCCAUUUACUUUGGACUGUUUUUGUUGGUGGCUUUUAUAGUUUUUCGUCAAGGUUUUCUACUUUACGUAUGUUUCUGAAAGACUAUCCAAAAGACUUCAGUAGUACAUUCCAUGAAGAAACAAAAGCCGCUCCUUUCGAACUCAAUGUUUGAUCAGUAUUCCAAACAAUUGUAAAAAAUAAAUAAAUAACAAAACCCAGUUGGCAGACCAAGUCAGUUGUUCAGGUAAGAGUAACUUGGUGAUAUGUAUUAUCCCAUGCAAGUGAUGUUCACUGUUUUAUAGUCGGCAUUGUUAUAUGGUUGAUCGUUUUUAUUACCAUCUCAACUUCCUGUUAGGUCAGUCUUUGGAUGUAGUAUUUCUGCUCACUGAAACAAGUGUAUUCUUCUAAUGUAUAUUUUUUUUUAACUGAAAAAAGCAGUUUUAUACGAAUUUGUUUAUUAUAGGAAUUAUUGGCAUAAUGCGGUUGAGAUUCUGAAAACAAAAGAUAUUUUCUUUCUACAGACAGAACUUUUUUAUAUUUUUUCAGUGCUUUCAGAAGGAGUGCUGUGGGGCGAAGAGAACGUUUAGAUGUUGAAUCAGUUUACAUUAACCCUUCAAUCUCGGCAAUAAAACAGUUAAGACUGCUUAUUGUUUUUUAAUACUGUCAGACUUAUCAAAAAGAUCAGCAUGACCUGUCAAUUACAACUCUGCCUAAUUGUUAUCCUGUAGGCCUCUAGAGGGUGAUAUUCAGCAGUUAGUAAAGAGGUUGGUCAUGAGUUGGGACAAAUCUGCUGAUGCAAUUUGAUGUUGAGUAUAGUGCUACAUGCCUUUUGAAAUGCUUUGAUUUCAUUACAAAACGUGGGCCUGCAGCAGGACCAAAAGAAUGACCUCCUUUAUCAAAAUAACUGAAUUUUCAUACCAGCAGACACCCCAUUUACUGGUUAAUUGUGAUAUUUGAGCAAGAGUGAGCAAUGCUUUUUGUAUCCAUUUUGUACGGCUGGACAUGAGCACCCCAACCCUUUUUCCUUUCAGAUGUUGGCUUUUUUAAAUAAUACACUAAAUAAAAAAAAUGUUGACAAACAUG